GCCGGCCCUUCUCUUUGCAGCUAUGACAUGGUGCACUACGGCCACUCGAACCAGCUGCGCCAGGCACGGGCCAUGGGCGAUUACCUGAUCGUUGGGGUCCACACCGAUGAGGAGAUUGCCAAGCACAAGGGUCCCCCCGUCUUUACACAGGAGGAGAGGUACAAAAUGGUGCAGGCCAUCAAGUGGGUGGAUGAGAUUGCUCCUGGAGCUCCUUAUGUCACCACGCUGGAAACCCUGGACAAGUACAGCUGUGACUUCUGCGUGCAUGGAGAUGACAUCACCUUAACUAUCGAUGGCAAGGACACCUAUGAGGAAGUAAAGACAGCAGGGCGAUACAGGGAAUGCAAGCGCACCCAGGGCGUGUCCACCACUGACCUUGUUGGCCGCAUGCUGCUCAUGACCAAGGCUCACCACAGCAACAUAGAUGAGGACCUAGACUAUCGGAAGCACACUGACAACUUUGGGAAGGGGCCCAAGGGUCACAGUCCCUGGACUGGUGUCUCGCAGUUCCUGCAGACAUCCCAGAAGAUCAUCCAGUUUGCAUCAGGGAAGGAGCCCCAGCCAGGAGACACCAUCAUCUACGUGGCUGGAGCCUUCGACCUGUUCCAUGUUGGCCACGUGGAUUUCCUGGAGAAGGUUCACCAGUUGGCAGAGAAGCCCUACAUCAUUGCUGGGCUGCAUUUCGAUCAGGAGGUGAAUCGCUACAAAGGGAAGAACUAUCCCAUCAUGAACAUCCACGAGCGAACCCUCAGCGUCCUGGCCUGCAGGUAUGUCUCAGAGGUGGUGAUUGGAGCUCCCUACGCUGUCACUGCUGAUCUGCUGGAUCACUUCAGGGUGACGCUUGUUUGCCAUGGGAUGACUGAGGUGGUGCCGGACAAGGACGGUUCUGAUCCAUAUGAGGAACCAAAGCGACGUGGCAUUUUCCAGCUGGUGGACAGUGGCAGCAAUCUCACCACAGAUCUAAUUGUGCAAAGAAUCAUCAAGAACAGGCUGGAGUUUGAAGCUCGCAACCAGAAGAAAGAAGCCAAAGAGCUGGCUGUGCUGGAGGCCAUGAGGAGGCUGGAGCAGGAGAAGCACUAGGCUGCAGAGGGGCGUGUGUGAACCACCGGGAGCUGCAGCUUCACCCUCUGCGAGAGCAGCUGCUCUGCAGGAAAGGAGCCCUGGAGGGGGCAGCCCUGCUGGCACGCAGGAUGCGCUGCCCUAGCUCCUCCUGCACUAAUUAUGCAGACAUAACGAGUUGGGAUUCCGUUGCCUAGUUUUAUCUCCGUUAAUCAGUCCCUGUCCCCUUUCCCAGGAGGAGAUUUGACAAAACAAAAAGGUUUUAAUUAUAACUAAUGUUUUAACACGUUGAUGUGCUUUUACCUUCUGCCAUUUCUGGCUCUUAGUCGGAGGGAAGUGGAGGAGCUGCCCGCGCCCCCUGCCCUGCCAGCCUGGGCUCAGCAGUGCAGAGCAGCCCCUGGGCAGGGCUUGGUGGCUGCACAGGCCCUGGGAGCAGCCUGGGAACAGGACAGGGCUCCUGGGCUGCCCUGCAGCUCUGCUCAGGAACCAGGGGCUGCCUGCCAGCGGCGGUGCUGGCCCCGCUGUGCUGCCUCUGCUCAGCUCCUGCCCCUGCCCGCACCCAGAGCUGCCCUGGGCAGUUCCUUUGCUGCAGGUGCAGCUGCUCAGGGGCAGGUGGAGCCGGGUCAGGCAUUUCUGCCCACGAGGCACAGGGCUCCUGUCCCCAAAGGCUGUCCCGUGCAAGGCAGCAGGACCCGGUGCCUCGUGUGGGCUGUGCUGAUGGAGUAGCUGAGGGCAGGGCCUGGCCAGGGGCAGGUUUGGGGGUGUCUCCUGAUGGCUGACGUGCAGCGUGCUGCCUCCAAAGGGAGGUGCAGCCUGCGAGAUGGGUCCUGAGCUGUGAGCCCCCUCUGCCUCCCACAUUCCAGGAUCCUGAGCAGCUCACUGCACUGUGCCAGAUGGUCCUGCCGGGCUGUGUCUGGUGUCCUCUCUCUUGUAAACUUUUGUUGCUGAUCAUUAAUAAAAUGUUGAAGAGUUGUG